UCCAGCCUAGUUCAAUACCACUACUGCAGCUGUAGCAGCAGACUGCUCCCGUGCUGGGUGGAGCAGCAGGAGCAGCAAGGUUGACGGUGUGUUGUAUAAGGAGUCACUGGAGACGGGUGGGAAGACAGGAUAGAGUGGCAGGAGUGGACGGAGCCAACACCACAAAAUGAACGGUACAGGUGCACAGGGUUGCAGGUGCACGGGGGUACAGGUGCACGGGGGUGCAGGGGAGCUAGUCAAGAGGGCUCCGGCCUGGCACCUGAGGUGUGCACCCCAACACCACACUAACAACUACGGUGGCCUGAGUGGCUGGCUUCAGUGUAGGCUUGGCGGGGUUCCCAUGUCAGCUGUGGCGCCAGAGACAACACAAGCAGUUCUUUGCUACGCCAAGAUGAGGUACUCCGAGAUGCCGCGAGACGUAUCCUGUGACAGCCUCGCUGCUCUCCGCAUUAAUGAGAGUGUGAUGGACAGUGAUGAGGAAGAUGAGCGCAGCAGUGGUUGUGGGGGCGGGAGGGGUAUGGCUAUGCCAAUGUGUGCUCGUGGUACCUCUCCCCCUUCUUCUGUGUACCGUAAGGUAGUUCAAGAGACGAACUACGACUCCCACGACAGCAUGAAGGCACUUACUAAAGCAGCGUACAGUUAUGGAACCCUUCCCAGAAUUCACAGCCACAAAUCUGCCAGCUUACCAGCCAGAGGGAAGGAUUCAGACAAUCCACCAGUGUUGGAUCUGUUGAGAGUAGUGCCCGAAGAUCUUGCAACCCAGAUAACACGCAUGGACGUUCCAGUUUUCAAAUCCAUCACCCCAGAAGAGCUGACCUCUUGUGGUUGGACAAAAAAGGACAAGCUAAAAUCUGCUCCAAAUGUUGUAGAGUUUACCCGCAGAUUUAACCACGUGAGUUUCUGGGUAGUACGAGAAGUUUUGAAUGCUGGUGGUAUUAAGCAUCGAGCAGAGAUGAUGGGACACUUCAUCAAGGUGGCCAAGAAGCUCAAUGAACUUCACAAUUUCCAUUCUCAAUUUGCAAUUGUUAGUGCCCUACAGUCUGCGCCUAUAUAUAGAUUAAAUAAGACUUGGGCAGCCCUCUCUCGAAAGGACCGCCAACACUUUGAUCGAAUGUCAGAGCUCUUCAGUGACAAGAACAACUGGGAGCAGCUGCGGAGUCAUGUCAAUAGUCUUAAACUCCCUAUGAUUCCUUACCUCGGUCUCUUUCUAACUGACUUGGUGUACAUUGACAUGGCCCAUCCUCAUUUUGGAGGCUUGGAGUCUGAACAGCGCCAAUUAAAAAUGAACAACAUUCUUCGGGUAUUAGCAGAUUAUCAACAGUCAGAUUACUCGGCACUUCCUCAUCUGCAGCACGUUCAGGCAUACUUGGCCUCUGUCAGAUACAUUGAGGAGCUGCAAAAGUUUGUCGAAGAUGAUCAUUACAAGUUGUCCCUUCAGUUGGAGCCCAAUACCCCAAGCAGCAGCCACAGUGCCAGUAAAGACAGCGUUGCCGAUGCUGCUGGAGGGGUCAGCUCUCUAAAUGUUUCUCCAUCUGCUCGCAUGGGAGCUGGAAGACCUCCAGCUCCACCACCUACAUAUUCCUGCCCGACUCAUGGCCAACAGACAAAAUUUGUUCCCACUCACCGUAAAGCUCGUAGUUUAGGAACUAAUCAAGCAACUCAAAAUUCACAAAUACAGUGGGACGGCCGGACAGCUUGCAGCAGCAUACACAUGUAUCUGAGUCAGAUCAUUUUUAAAGGUUGCUCUGGCACCAGUGAAGGACCGCGUUGUGACUCUGUGAAUAGCUUGGGUAGUCAUGAGCCCGGUUGUCCAUCAGCUCAGGGAUCGCAUGGGUCAAGACAUUUGCUAGAUGACUCUGAAUUAGAUCCACCUCCGCCACCCCACCAUGAAUGUACGUCGCCGCCUCACACACUCACUCGGACAUGGUCAGGUCUGUCCUCAGACUCCGACACAGAGGUCGUCUUUGAGGUGAGUGGUGAAGAGUGUGGUGUACAGGGCCCGUUAAGACGCAAAACUGUCAUCAAGGAUGGCCGCAGACCAGCUGUAGCAGCUUGGCAUAGAUAUUGGGUGCAGUUAUGGGGUGGUGCAUUAGUGUAUUAUCACCCAAAAAGCCUCACCUCUCGAGGUCAGGAACGAGCAGAUUUCAAAACUUCCCCGUGUAAACUACAGCCUCUAGUCUCGGCAGGAGGAAAGCUGGUUCUUGUCGGUCCCCAUGAUGCACAGUCCCAGCCUGAUGUGUUCCAGGUCAGGGUGUUCACCUUGCUCUCGGACCCUGCGAAGGCUACGAUAUACAAGUUUCGGGCUCCAUCGGUAUCUGCAGCAAAGUCCUGGAUAUCCAACUUGCAGCAAGCUCUCUCAGAAAAUAUACAGAGACCACCUGAAACGCUUGAGAAUCUUAUGACAUUUGAAUAAUCCUAAAUAUGGGUUUGUGUUCAGUGAAAUUAGUAUUUCUUAUUUUCAGUUCUUAGACUUUUUGUUAAAAAGAAAAACAUUGAUGACCAAGUUAAAAGCUCAAUAUAUGUAACAUAAAUUUGAAGUACAUAAGUGAUGAAGCUGUUAAGGUGAUGAAUUGUAGCGUUAAGUUGUGUAUAAUUAACAAAUGACAAGAGAAAACAUGAAGGAUAAAUUAAUUUUAGUAGAAUAGAAAAAGAAGAAAAACAAUUAAAGGAGGCUAUAUGUAAUUUAGAAAACAUAAUACAAAACUUGAACUCAUGUUCCUUAAACUGGGUAAUGAGGCAUGUAUAAGACCUCAUGCUCCUCACACUAUAAUGAAGCAUGCAUGAGACCCCUCAUGUUCCUCACAUUGGGUAAUGAGGCAUGUGUGAAUUACCAAUGAAAUGUUCAUGAUUUAAUCAGCUCAUUUCAGAGGAUGGUACAAUUAAAUGUCUUAUGCAUGAUGUGAGGUAUUGAAAGAGAAUCUUUUAUCAUUACUUUUUAAUGUGUAAGCCAUAGUUCUUACCUUUUUUUCAGCAAUUGCAAGUGUGAUUUCAUUCUUUAUGAGAAUCAUUUACAGAGGUCAUUUUACCCAAACUAGCAAUGACUAUACGACUCAUUUCAGUCUCUAUAGCAGAUUGUAUUUCCCAAAUUUCUGGGCUUUGCUGUAAUUAUCUAGGUAGCAAUGGCUCCUAGUCAGUAGGGGAGUUGAACGUGUUAAUGUACAUAUAAUAAUGACCUUCUCAAGAGAUGUGUGUUGCUCAGUAACACCGAGCUGAAUAUUGUUUCAGAAUGUGGCCUCUUAUCCAUGCUGUAAAAGGUUUUUAACCCCCUAGCUAACAAAUCAGAGGAACAUGAGUCUAGUCUAGUCCUUAUAAACUGUUCUGCCAAAGGAAGUAGCAUGAGUAAUGAUUAAUAUGAUGUUUGCCAUAGGUCAAAAUACUGUAUGUCUAGAAAUGCAAAUGCUUGAAUAUUUGAAAAUGCUUGAGGUAUAAAGAAUGUCUCGUUGGCCCGUGCUUCACACUUUCAUAUACAGUAGUUUAUGUAAUGUAUUUUGUGGGAAUGCAACUGAAUGUGUUACUGAAUCCUGAUUGACUGACCAGAAUUUGACACAAAAUUCCAUGCCUGGUGCGUGUGGUUUGAUGCAUGUGUAAAACUGGUGACUAGCUGGGAUACUCGCCAUUUCUUGUAAUAUUUCACCAGACAAAAAGAAUAAUUGGCAGUUUCAUAAAGCUAAGAAGCUGAUGAACAUAUUUUAAAUUUAAAAGUUUAGUGAACCUUUCCAAUGGGCAUAUUAUUUUUUACCCAGAUCUGGGUUGUUGACUUUGGAUUUGAGAGCACCAAAAUAUUUUUUCCCUUCUUGGUCUUUCCUAACACAGUAGAGGGGAAAAUAUACUCUAGAUAUUGAAAAUAGAUCAGCAUAGAAGAGUCUCAGUAAAUUGUUUCUUUUGCCAAAAUCCAAGUUUUUAUAAUGUAAAGUAUACUCUGUAUGAAAACUUUAUGUAAUUUGAGACAUUUUAAAAAAUCUGACAACUUGGAUAUUGGUGUGAGAGUAUGCAACUAGUAGGCACUGUGAGUGUGUGUGUGGUGUCUUGCUGCCUGCCUCUGCUGUCAUGUGUACAUGGUGAUGUGUGCGCUCACAUGUGCACAUGGUCAUGUGUGUGCUCAUGUGUACAUGGUCAUGUGUGUGCUCAUGUGUACAUGGUCAUGUGUGUGCUCAUGUGUACAUGGUCAUGUGUGUGCUCACGUGUACAUGGUCAUGUGUGUACUCACAUGUACAUGGUCAUGUGUGUGUGCUUGUGUGUACAUGGUCAUGUGUGUACUCACAUGUACAUGGUUAUGUGUGUGUGCUCAUGUGUACAUGAACAUGUGUGUGUUCAUGUGUACAUAAUCAUAUGUGUGCUCAUGUGUACAUGGUCAUCUGUGUGCUCAUGUGUACAUAUACAUGGAAAUGUGCAUGUGUAUAAGUGCUCAUGCAUGCAUGUAUCUACACAUGUUCAUGUUGAGUGUGCGCAUCUGCUCAACUCUGCAAGUGCGCGUGCUCACAAAUAUUUGUAUUUGUUACAGUGGCUUUAAUACAAUUAUGUCAAGGCUGAUUGUUAUUUCCUUACUGGCAUUGGCUGAAGCUAAAGUAGCAUUUUCAAUUUAAAUUAUCAGAAAAUUAUAUUCCUUACUAUGUUACUAUAUUCCUUACUAUUAUAUAUAUAUUUUUUUAUUUAUUUUUGCUUCAGCAUUUGUUAACAACUUUAAAAAGGUAAUGGAGCUAUGUUCUGUUAACUUAGUAUGGAAAUUUUUUUUUUUUUUAAUUUUUCUUUUGGGGAAGAUGUGCACAUAAUACAUGAGGAAGGUUUCUUGACAAUUUAAAACCUAUUUUAAAAGCCGAGGUAUUAUUGAGUAUGGCACUAAAUGUGUGUUCUUGUAUACAAACAUAUCUAAAAUAUGAUGAAUAUGGCCAUUUUGUGACUGCAUGUGAUGUACCUAAAGAUGUGAAUACAUUCAUUUAUAAUACAUGAUAUGUAUUUCAAGUGCUCUAUGGCUCAACUGCUUUUGUGAGGAAAACACAAGUUUAAAUAUUGCAAGAAAAAUAUGUAUUUUUUUUUUUUUUUUUUUUUUUAAGCUUUGUCAUUUAUACUGAACCAAAUAUAUUUUGUCAAUAGAAGAGCUAGUGCACAUGUUAGUGCAGCUGUCCGCAUAUCUUUGUAGGUGUCAUUCAUCACUGCUCUUUCCCUUCCACGGUCAGCUUCCUACAUAGUCCAUCAUUCCAUAAUAUUAACCAUUUCUGUUACUCAAAUUUGACUGUUUCUGGUGUCGCUUAACAAAUGCCAUUCUUUUGAUACUUAUCAAAUGCCAUAUUCCCUCAUUGCAAAGAAAAAGCAUUUCUAUUUCUGUUUGCCUUUAUUGCACCUGUCUUGUGUACUGUAUAUUGUUACCAUUUUAAAGCACAGGCAAAUUGUCACCUGUUGCAAAUUGUUUUGUAAAUAUUAUGUUUAAACUUGCAACUUCCACAUGCUAAUGUGUUGGAAAUAAAGUUUGACAUUGUAAAAAUAUUUUAGCAUGAUAAAUUGUUUGCCGGUCAAAAUACAGUGAGCAUAUUUACUCAAUGAAGCUGUUGCUAGAGUUUGAAUUAAGCAAUUUGAACAUUUAUGACCAUUUAACUUCUGGAGGAGUCAUCUUUAUAAUAAGCUGUGUUCUGCAAGUGAAAUGUAAAAUGUUAUCAAAUUCAUUGGAGAUCACAAGUUCUUUAAGCCAAAGAUAUUGGUCAAGUGGGAAAAUGAGUAUUAGGGUUUUGGAAAUUUUCCUGCAAUUUAAAGAGAAGUACAUAUUGCUGCAGCAUUCUUGUAUGUUUACAUACUAAUUGAUUUUAGGCUGUGAAAUAUAUGAUGUAUAAGUUUUGGUGUGCAUUCAUUACUUGUACUUUGUGCAUUACAGUUUCUUGACAACUGGAUGCUUUAGGUAUUCCUAAAUAGUGAUUAAGCAGAUUUCUGCAAUCCCUCUGAACUUGAGGGUGUAAAGUAUGAGAAGUUUUGAGAUUUGUUUAGCAUUUAAUUGUGGUUCAUUGAUAAAUGUAAAUACAGCUUAAAUACCAUGCAAAAUGCUAAUAAGGUCUCAAAAAUUCUUUAUCAGCCUCAAAUACUCAUUCCAAGCUGUGUAUGGAAGCCUCUUGCUUAGGGGCACCAGAAUUCAGUAUUAUUCAAGCUUACAGUUUAAAAGUUUUUUUUUUUUUUUUUUGUACAUACAAUAUUUGCAGAGAUUGUUUACGCGACAUAACUGUCACUCGAUAGAAUUCAUCCAAGCUCAGAACAUUUAAGUGUAUUGGUAAGGUAUUGCUUCCAAUAAGUUGCUCUCAACAUUUUAGAUAUAAAUUUAGAGGUCAGAAAACAUAAAUUUGCUAGUGUAUCAUAGUCAUUUAUUUUAAAUGGAAAUGUAAAAUUGUAAAGCCUUAAUUUACAGAUGAUUCAAAAUUUGUGAUGUUAUAAUGCAUACCCAUGAAUGAGUGCUCUUAUGUUUGUAGCAAUAAAAACAUUAAUCUUGUGCAGAUUAA